AUGCAGCUCCUUACCCGCUUCGGCCUCUUGGCCGCCAUUCUGGCUUUUGUCCAGAUGGCACACGCCUUCUCUGUCACCGUCACCUCGACGUCGUGUACCACCAUCUACUUCACUCUUACCCUCACAACCGCCGAGACCAACAAUGCUGAGUUCCUCGGUAUCUAUCAGGGCACCUCGCUCACCAACCAAAUCUCCGAGGUCAAUUUCACCGGCUCUUACACCAACACCAACACCGGCCAGUUCUACGCAAUCUUCGAUCCACCCAUCGCCACCUCGGGCGUGCAGCCCUUGACCUUCCGUCUGCUCGACGCAAGCGAGACUAUCAUUUCCGCCUACAAUUCCGUCACAUUCUCGCUCAACUUCCGGUGCGGUGCUGUCCUCACCACAUCGACCUCCGCUGCCAGCUCAGCCACCAGCACCCCCAACCCUGGCUCGAACUCUAAUUCCGGCUCCAACUCGAACUCAGGCUCCAAUUCUGGUUCCAACUCUGGUUCUGACUCUGGGUCAAAUUCUGGCUCCAACUCGGGGAAUAAUGGCUCGAGCGCAGCGAACAACGCCAGUACCAGCUCUGGCUCCUCGUCAUCGACCGGUGCUAUCGCUGGUGGUGUUGUGGGUGGUGUCGUUGCUCUACUCAUUAUCGGUCUCCUUGCGUUCUGCCUCAAGAAGAGGAAGAGGCAGCAGCGCGCCCAGCAGAGUCGUCUCCGCAAUGACGAGGCCGACGAGGCCGCUUUCCGCGCUCCCAACAACAACGACUCGACCGCUUCCCUCGCCACGGCUCCCGAGAACGUCAACACGCCCAUGAUGCGCGAUGUUUCGACCAAGAACGUCUUUGCCGACCCCACCACUUCUGCUGUGUCGGGUGCGCCAUCGGGUACCUCGACCUUGUUCAGUACCAACAACCAGACUACCUCGAAACCCUCUACCGGCUCGAAGAUCGGUGCCGGUGCCGGUGCCGGUGCUGCCACCGCUGCUGCUGCGGGCGGUAUCGGCGCUGCUGCCAUUGCCGCUCGCAAGCAAUCGCGUGAACACUCGCGUUCUCAUUCGCCUGCGCGUGCCUCGGAGCUGAGCCCCUCUGCCGAAUCUUUCAAGGGCAUACCAACCUCGCAGACGCCGCCCCCCGUCCCUGCACUUCCCGCUGCUGUUGCUCCUGCCGCUGUUGCCGCUGCCGCACAGCCGGGCUCGCAAGACUCGGCGCCAGCCUCAGAUCCGACGACGGCAAGUGCUUCCAACAAGUCCUCGACCGCGCCUGGUGUCGCUGGCGCUGCUGCUGUUGGUACUGGCGCUGCUGCUGCUGCUGCUGCCAACAAGUCGUCGUCGGAAAACAAGGACAAGGACAACAAGGCCAAGGCCAGCAAGUGGGGCUUCAAGCGUGCUUCCAAGGACAUGGGCGGCUCGAGCAAGCCUCCCUAUCCACAGGCCGUUGCCGAGCCCGCUCCAGCACCAGCACCAGCACCAGUACCAGCACCCGCACCCGCAUCUACACCCGCACCUGCUGCAGCGCCCGUGGCCACCGCUAACACCAUCACCACACCAUCACCGCUCUCGAGCACCUCCAGUGAGGUGCCCGCUUCGCCAUCACGCUCGUUCAAGGUGAUCCAGAAGCAGCCUUCGCCCCUGCCAGCAUCGGCAGCUGGGCCCAGUAGUCCCACGACCUUCUCCCCUCGGUCGGGUCACGCUACACCCGCUGGCUCGAUUCGCGGCAACAACUACUCGCGUGCGCCCUCGGUCGCGUCCAUGUCGGCUGGAUUCGCAGACGCGCCUCCUCUUCCGUCGGGAGCCGCUUCGGUCUCGUCGGCACCGGCGGGCGAGUUUGGCGGCAACAUGGCCGGGAUCGGAGCGGGUCGCUCGUACGCGGCUUCAUCGGGCAACUCGACCAAGUGGCACCAGCAGAGCUACAACAUCAUGCCCAACUUCAGCCACCGCGCCCUGGCACGCUCGACGCAGCUAGAAGAGGACCUCAUCUUUGGCCAGCUGGGCAUGGGACUUACGCCACCACCUGGACCGGCAGGCAACGGAAGCGAGUCUAGCAGCUCCAAGAGCCGCACUGAUCCAUUUGGCGAUCGUUAG